GUUUAGCUCUAACGGAGUUGGCACGAACUAAUCAUUGGGCAGACUAAGAAAUUGCCGUCCGUAUAUGAAGACUAGUUUCGUGGUCGCGAUCCGCGAUAUGAAAUUGUCGAUUUAUCCUGAAUAGUUUUUGGGUGAAUAUUUUUUUAUGAAAAACUAUAUAAACAUGUUAGUACUAAGAUUGUUCAGUGUUAUAUUCUUAUUGGGAAUCUCCUUUGCGUCGGAUUCUUUCGAUUAUGCAGCACCAAAAUUAGCCAUCGAUAAUUUAGAAAAUGGUUAUCACGGUAUCGUGAAAGAAAACGAGACCGUCGUCGAAGUAACCCCAGUAAUAAAGGCCGAAGGGGAGGUUUGUCGUUUCCGUAUAGUCAACAAGCACCACGGGGAAGCUCCCUUCGAUAUCGUCCUCAAAGAUGAAAAUUACGCCGAACUGCGUGCCAAAAGGGUCUUAAACUGCGAGAAGAGGAAGAACUACAAGUUCGACAUCGCCGCCGUCGGUUGUAACGGCAAACAAAGUGUCAGUGCCACCGUACAUAUCACCGUUUCUGACGUAAACGAGUACGCUCCGACUUUCUCCGAACCGAGUUACGUUCGUCAAGUGGACGAGGGUAGAAUUUAUAACGAAAUCGUCCGAGUGGAAGCGACCGAUAGGGACUGUACACCGAAGUUUGGAGAUGUCUGCAAAUACGAAAUCCUCACGUCGGACCAACCUUUCGUUAUUGACAUGGACGGGGUUAUUAAGAACACCGAACCCUUGGAUUACGAACGUUCGCACAAUCACAUUUUAUCCGUCAUCGCUUACGAUUGCGGGAUGCGUCAAAGUUUCCCGGCACUUGUCACCAUCAAAGUCAACAGGGUGUGUAGACUCGGUUGGAGGGGAUUACCCGAACGAGUCGACUACGCUCCGAUGACCGGCAAACAGGAAUUAUUCCCUUCCGCCAAUUUGGAAUUGUGCGACGUCCCUUGCAACAUCAGGGAAUUGAGGACUAGAGUCGAUCUGGCCACGAGACACAUCGGAAAAGGAUGUGACAGGGACACUUAUUCAGUGCAAUCACAGAGGAAAUUAUGUGGAGCUUCGCCGUCCGCCAUCGAUCUUUUACCGAACCCCGGUGUUGGAUCCGAAUGGACUAAACCACUCAUCUCAGACGAGGGUCAUGAAAGCGAUCAAAUGUUCGAAUUUGAUGGUGCGACUACUGCCGUUACUAUACCAACGACAGUUUUGGAACAUCAGUUGCCCAGUACUUUCACCAUAUCAACGUGGAUGAGACACGGUCAACAUCCAACUCAAGACAAACAUAUGAAAGAACAUAUUUUUUGCACCGCUGACGAUCACAAAAUGAACAGACACCAUUACGCCCUAUUCGUUAGAAACUGCAGAUUGAUACUUUUGUUGCGGAGGGACUUUUCCGAAGGAGACUUGAACAUAUUCAGACCGGCGGAAUGGAGAUGGAAGGUUUCCCAAGUCUGCGACGACCAAUGGCAUCAUUUCGCAAUCAACGUCCGUUUCCCUGAUAUUCAACUCUACAUCGAUGGCCAAUUAUUCAGAGCCGAAAAGAAGAAUCCAGAAGUAAUCGACGAUUGGCCUUUACAUCCAACUAAGGGCAUCAACACCACCCUUACUGUAGGCGCUUGUUGGCAAGGUUCGGAUAAUAAAAUGCGACACCAUUUGAAAGGAUAUUUAGCCGGACUGAGUAUCCUUUUGGGCGAUAACGAAAAACCGGAAGUCCUGAGUUGUCUUCAUCAAUGCAAAGAAAGUCUUCAGGUCCCCGCCAUGGAACUCCUCCAACCCGGAAUGGAACUUUUGACCAAUUCCGAUUUAACCGAAGUAACAGUAGAAGGCGAUAACCGAACGAAUUUGGAAACUCUAGUGAGGAAAAUAGGUUACGCCAAUACCAGGGAAUUUCCAACACCGGGUCGUAGAAAUUUACGUCUAACCACCACAGUUACAUGCGAUAACGGAAAACAAAUAAAAGUUCCUGAUGCACAAACUUACGUAAUGGUUCUAAGACCCCAGACUCCGAGCAUUAUGCUCAACGGUACGGGAAACAUGGCGAGGAAGUACGAAGACUUCAGAAUGGGAGUUAGAGUAUUGGCUGACGUGCACAUAACCGGCGAACAAAAAUUGGACAAAUGCCAAUUAACUAUAUACCCGAACCUGAAUCCAGAUCACGAAAGUCUGAGCGUUUCCGAGGAAAUGCUCAAAAGAUUGGGAAUGGCGGCUAGAAUAUCGAAGGACGGUGUAACUAUAACCGGUUCGGAUAUGGUCUACAACUACCAGCAACUUCUACGACAAAUCGUCUAUACCAAUCGCAAACCAGCCUAUUACCUCAAUAGGGUUUUCAAAUUAACUUGUUCCGAAUUAAACGGAAGAUUCACUUCAAACGAAUACGUUCAAACUUUAACCGUAAUCCACCCGCAACCCAAGGAAACCAUCGCUCACGCCACCAUUAAUAAACACAGCGUUGAAAUCCGCCCGGCUUCCGUUAUAUCCCACGAUUACGUCCCAUCUGAUCAUACGAAUCUUGUCGCUUCCGGUGGUUCCCACGCCGUAACAAUAAUUGUUGUAGUCUGCGUCGGUUUCUUGUUGUUCAUGAUCGUAUUGGGUAUAAUCAGAAUUCGAGCCGCUCAUCAAAAACCGUCUAACGAAGAAGCGCAAGACGGCGAAAUGACAUGGGACGAUUCUGCGCUUACCAUUACCGUAAAUCCCAUGGAGAACGCGGAAAGGAAAUUGGAAGGCGGUCACGUAUUGGAGUACAGUGACAGCGAACAAUCAGAUUCCGAAAGUUCCUCAGAUGAUGAAAAUAUGGACGGUCCUUGUAGAAUUAUCGAUUCGUCUGAUGAAGAACACGAACAACCGAGUCGUAUCAGAAAACACGACUACCAGAAUAUCAGUCAACUAGAGUGGGAUAAUUCCACCAUGUAAAAUUAUUAAUCGAAAGAAAAAAAUAUAGAGAAAUGUUCUUACGCGGAUGAAAAUGUCUAAAUAUGCUUUCAAAAACUGAAUCUGAUAUAGUUUCAUUAAAUUCAAUCAUUAGAUCAUUGAAAAUUUGGACAUUCAUCCGCUUUAGUUCAUAUAAUGGUGCGAAACGCAUCACAAAGAUGCAUAAAGUGCCAUAACGUGCACUAUCGACGCCGUACAUACCGCAAAGCAAAUUUUUGCCUAAAAAAUAAAAUCAGCUUAGGACUUUGUACAAAAAUUACGAAUCGUUAGCAGAUUUUGUUCAAUCGAUCAUCUAAAUAACAACGACAUACAUCCACUUGUAUUUGUCCAGUCAAAACAAUCUAUUUUCACCAUAUUUCAAAUUCUUCUUCUCAAAGACAACAAACUUGAAUGUCUAACUUCAGAUUGUAUCGCCGAUGAAAUUGUUUCGGUCCAUAAAAACAAACAUUCUCUUGUUUUUGUCGAGUCAAAACAAUGUUUUCAUCUAUUUUUACCUUAUAUCAAAGUGUUUUCCAAUUAAAUUGAAAAACUGAAUGACCCACUUCCCAUUGUGUCACCGAUGAAGUGUAUUUUGAAUAAUGUACCUUAAAUAGGAAAAUAAUUUUGAAUAUGUUUGUUUUGGUCCAUAAAAACAUACAUCCACUUGUUUUUGUCGAGCCAAAACAAAGUUUUCAUCAAUUUUUACCUUAUUUCAAAGUAUUAUUCAAAAAAAAUUGAAAAACUGAAUGACCCACUUCCCAUUGUGUCACCGAUGAAGUGUAUUUUGAAUACUGUACCUUAAAUAGGAAAAUAAUUUUGAAUAUGUUUGUUUUGGUCCAUAAAAACAUACAUCCACUUGUUUUUGUCGAGCCAAAACAAAGUUUUCAUCAAUUUUUACCUUAUUUCAAAGUAUUAUUCAAAAAAAAUUGAAAAACUGAAUGACCCACUUCCCAUUGUGUCACCGAUGAAGUGUAUUUUGAAUACUGUACCUUAAAUAGGAAAAUAAUUUUGAAUAUGUUUAUUUCGGUCCAUAAAAACAUACAUCCACUUGUUUUUGUCGAGUCAAAACAAAGUUUUCAUCAAUUUUUACCUUAUUUCAAAGUAUUUUUCAAAAAGAAUUGAAAAACUGAAUGACCCACUUCCCAUUGUGUCACCGAUGAAGUGUAUUUUGAUUAUUGUACCUUAAUUUGGAAAAUAAUUUUGAAUAUGUUUGUUUCGGUCCAUAAAAACAUACAUCCACUUGUUUUUGUCGAGUCAAAACAAAGUUUUCAUCAAUUUUUACCUUAUUUCAAAGUAUUUUUCAAAAAAAAUUGUAAAACUGAAUGACCCACUUCCCAUUGUGUCACCGAUGAAGUGUAUUUUGAUUAUUGUACCUUAAUUUGGAAAAUAAUUUUGAAUAUGUUUGUUUCGGUCCAUAAAAACAUACAUCCACUUGUUUUUGUCGAGUCAAAACAAAGUUUUCAUCAAUUUUUACCUUAUUUCAAAGUAUUUUUCAAAAAAAAUUGAAAAACUGAAUGACUCACUUCCCAUUGUGUCACCGACGAAGUGUAUUUUGAAUACUGUACCUUAAAUAGGAAAAUAAUUUUGAAUAUGUUUGUUUCGGUCCAUAAAAACAUACAUCCACUUGUUUUUGUCGAGUCAAAACAAAGUUUUCAUCAAUUUUUACCUUAUUUCAAAGUAUUUUUCAAAAAGAAUUGAAAAACUGAAUGACCCACUUCCCAUUGUGUCACCGAUGAAGUGUAUUUUGAUUAUUGUACCUUAAUUUGGAAAAUAAUUUUGAAUAUGUUUGUUUCGGUCCAUAAAAACAUACAUCCACUUGUUUUUGUCGAGUCAAAACAAAGUUUUCAUCAAUUUUUACCUUAUUUCAAAGUAUUUUUCAAAAAAAAUUGUAAAACUGAAUGACCCACUUCCCAUUGUGUCACCGAUGAAGUGUAUUUUGAUUAUUGUACCUUAAUUUGGAAAAUAAUUUUGAAUAUGUUUGUUUCGGUCCAUAAAAACAUACAUCCACUUGUUUUUGUCGAGUCAAAACAAAGUUUUCAUCAAUUUUUACCUUAUUUCAAAGUAUUUUUCAAAAAAAAUUGUAAAACUGAAUGACCCACUUCCCAUUGUGUCACCGAUGAAGUGUAUUUUGAUUAUUGUACCUUAAAUAGGAAAAUAAUUUUGAAUAUGUUUGUUUCGGUCCAUAAAAAGAUACAUCCACUUGUUUUUGUCGAGUCAAAAUAUUGUUGUCAUCAAUUUUCACCUUAUUUCAAACUCUUCUUCUCAAAGACAACAAACUUGAAUGUCUAACUUCAGAUUGUAUCGCCGAUGGGGUUUAUUUUGAAUUUUUUUGCCUGAAAUUUGAAAAAAUAGCCUAAAGACACAAAUUCAUCCCGUUUUUUGUACAGAGACCGUUUAUAUUUGCAAAUAAAAUGCUACGCUUUGAACGCCUAUCGGUUUGCUUUGUACUGUACGGCGUUUGAAUAUCAAUAAAUUAAUCGUCCAUAUUUGUUAGAGAUAUAUAUACAGGUUGUUGUAUAUGUAUAUCGAUACACUCUCUUUUUAGCUAGUAAUAUAUAUUUGACGAUGCUGUUUACACCCUUUCCCGCUUGUAUUUUGCCUAUUUUCAUUUUUUUUUCAAAGUUAACAAGGCACAAACUUUAUACGAGCAAUUUUUGUUUUUUGGAAAUGCUUUCGGGUUCAAAUAUAACACAGUUUUCUGUGUGUAUACUAUUCGGUUACUAUUUAUAAUGAUGACAGGUGAAGACGUUUUGUUAAAUAUAGGAUGUCAUAUAUGUUUUUAUUUAUUCGAAUGAAAUUGAAUAUCAGUAUUUUUGAUUUACAGCCUAAUCGAAGGCCUAUCGCAUCCUAUUUGGGAAUAAUCUUGUUGAAUUUAUUUUUAUCCUACUAAUAAUGACAUUGUAUUAGUUUUUUUUUAAAAAGUAAUUUUUUGACUAACUUUUUAUAUAUAUAUAUAGAUUUUAUAUAGUUACGCGCUUUUUUGUACUUACUUUUCGUUUUAGGUUAAGUUUUUUUCCUCGUGUUGCACAUUUGUUUAAAAAAAAUAUGGAAAUGUAACAUUCAUAUCAAUUUUUUACCGUGCUCGAUUAUUUUGUUGUUUCAAACAAUAUCACAAAUACACCGGUAUCCAUAUUAAGGACUUUUAACCUCAAUUUUUGUUUUUUUGGAACAACUGAAACUUUUGUAGAUCAAAUUUUUAUCUAGCUCAGUCUGAUUCAAUAGAAAAAGUCGAUUAAUUCGGUAUGUUAAGUAAACCCAUUGAGUAUAUUCAAAAAAAGUAGAAAAUUAUUGUUUGAAAAAGGUUUUUAUCCCUAAACUAACAAUAAAAUGUGUAAAAAUUAAAAUAAUUAGUGAAUGUUGCUAUUUUUUUCAGUGUAUAUUCCAAAACUUUAGUUUUAUUAGUGAAUGUUGUUUCGUCAGUGUAAAAACAAAUUAUGUUUGAAUGAAACUUAUUUUUUCUUAGUGUAAUUACAAAAAGUUUAUUAAUUUAUGAAAAUUGUUGUUUUUCUUACUAUAAUGACCCAAAGUGAAUUUUUGACAUUUUUUUUGUGUAAAAACAACAAUUUUCAUCAAUUUUUCAACUUUUUGUAAUGAUACUGAGAAAAAUGCACUAAUCACUCAACUUUCGAUCUGUACACUAAUAAAAAGGAAAAUUUCAAUCGAUCAUCUAACUUUUUAGUUUCACACUGAGAAAAUAACUAUCAAAUUGCUGUUUUUACACUGAAAAAAGUGACCAUUCCACUUUUGACUUCUUAACCGAUGGAACAGUGAUGGAUUCUCUUACCCCUGAACUGAUUCUACACUAACGCUCAAUCUAUUCGUUGUCGAUGUGACAUCCUAUGAUCUAGGGCUCCAAAAUAUGGAAUCGUUUCAACUUUCCUGCCUUCCUCAUUGAUUUUCCUUCUGAUAUGGAAGUUUUUCGUCCAAAGCUGUUUGUACUGGCUUCGAACCGUUCGAUUAGUGGUCAGUGGUCAAUUACUGAACCAAAAGCUUUUAUACGGUUUAUAAAUCUUCAAUUCAGAUCUCGUUCGUUAUUGACCCAUCAUUAAGUACUCGACCACAAGCUUUUUUAGGGUUUAUAUAUCGAUUAAUUGUUUUUUGAUUUAAAUCAUGUUCGAUACCCAGUACCCCCUUUAAAUAAUUUAUAAUCCGUUUUGAUAUUAUAUUUUCGAGUGCCUUAUUUUUAUUUUUUUUUCUGGAGUAUAUACGAGGUGUUUUGAUUGUUAAACUGGGAGUGGAGAAUAAAUUUGUGAUUUUAUUUGGAACAAUGAAGUAUUAAAAUUUUCUACUUAGACUUUUGGUGUUUCUCCUUUCCCUAGCACGUUAUUUUCGCUAUUAUUUGGAGUAGUAUUCUAAAAAGGAUUGUAUAUAUAAUAAGGUUUUGCAGCUAAAAUAAUAUUUUUUUGUAAGUAGUUAAUGGUACUUAAUAGAAAAUAAAAGUAUACAAGAUUUAAAAAAAAAUUGAAAUAAAAAAAAUUAUUUAUUAUUUUUUUUUUUCGAAAUAUUCGGCAAUAUUUAUAUAGUAGAUUAAAUAAAGAAGAAGAUAUAUCAUAAUAUGCAAUAUUUAGUGUAAAUUACGUUGUUUUUUUUGGUAAAAGUGUCGCAGUUUAGGAUUUAGUAGCUGUGAUGUCAAAAAUAAGAAGAAAAUCUAUUUAGGGUUAGAAAUAAACCGAGCACUAAUUUCCCUACGCUUUCAUUUCGAUACUUUUCCGAACCCAUUUUACAAGUUUUUCUUUUGUUGUAGAAGGUUAGGUCCGCGAAUCCUAUCUAACGUUAACAUAGUGAAAUAUAUUAACAGGGUGUUCAAAAAUUAUUUAGUAUUCAAUUAUAUUUGUAUAUAACUGUAGAUAGAUUAUUUUUGAUAAAUUUUGUAUUCGAUUUUAUAGAUUGUUGAGAUUCUGCUUCUUCUUCAUCAUUAUCAUUACGUUUUGUUUGCAUAUUCUAUGAAAGAAAAAAUAAAAUGUAAUAACGAGAGACCUAACCUAGAAAGUUUGAAAAAAACUUGUAAAAUGUACCAACUAAUCUACUUCAAAUAAAAUGACACUAUUUUUGACAAAAUACGUAACAACAAUAAAGAAACUGUUUACAUUCCAAUAAUCGUAAUAUUAUUUGUAUGUCAAAGUUAUAUCUUAUUGAUAAAUGGCUUUUUUGGUGUGUUAAAAAAAAACAAACAGAAUCAAAUAAUUCGAAUGUCUUUAGGUGUUGAAAACCACAAUAAUUAUGUAAUACAUGAAUGUAUAAUAAAUAAUAACAAAUUAAA